AUGCCAGCAGAAAGAAGAUCCGGGAUGAGAAACAAGCGCAUGGAAGCGAGAGGAUUCUUCGGAUCGAAGCUUUCCCUGAGGAGGGCGCCUUCGCCUGACUGCAGGGUGCAGGGUGAGAUCGCGGAAGAGUUCGAAGCAAAGUGCGGGAGGGAAGAUACGAGUGGAAGACAGGACACGAGCGAGUGCCCUGAAGAGCUCCCCAAGGGGUGUGUGAUGGGGAUUCCAGUGCCCAAGGCCCAGCCCGUGAUGCAAGUGGCCAUCGACUCGAGAGGGAUGGAGAUCGCGCUAAUGAGGAGCGUUCAGAGCAACAACUUCCCCUUCGUCUGCCACAUGAUCCUCUCUGGAUGGACCCCCAACGUGGUCAACCCGACGCUCUGCCAUUUCUCCGUCACCGUCCACAGGACGACAUGGAACCAGAGAGACUGUCUGCACGUCAAGAACGCCUGCCUUCUCCACUACGCCAUCUGCUGCGGCUCCCUCCAAGCAGCGACCGCCCUCCUGGUAGCCUUCCCCCACCUGGCCACCCUGCCAUGCACAGUGUCGGGGCUGCACGGGAGCGAGGAGGAGGAGUGGAGCAUGCUCGAGCUUGCUCAGUUCUUCUGCGAUCUGUACAAGGAUCAGAAGGACGACCUCUACUCCGCGUACAAGAUGGCUCACAUGGUCCUGACCUGCAUGCAUUCAGACCCGUCUGUACUCCCCUUCAUCAACAACGCUACCCCAAGGGAGCGGCUGGUGGCCGGGGGAGGAGAAGCUACCGCUAUGAUCGGCGCUCUCUGCGAAGCUGCCUGCAAGACAUGCACGGCGAUGGAGGAGUGA